UGGAGAGGUUGGUGUGCCUUGCAGGAAGAGACAGAUAACAGUGAUGAGGACCAGGCAAAGGUACCAGAUUUUUUGCCGAGAUUUUUUCCCCCACUUGUUGUGUUUUUAUAACCUCUACAUUUACCCAGCCAAUUGCUGAAGUCGUUUGAAGUCCGUGACAGUAUAACGGUGCUUAUUCCCCUCCCUUUUCUGCACAUCGAGGAUUCUUUUUUAAAUUUUAGAUUGCCUCAUUUUUUUUCUUCAGCCAUAAAAAGAAUGGAUCGUGACGUGUUGUAAAGAAAAAAUGGAUCAUUACCAGGAGGAGCAGUCGGUAAAUCCUAUUACCGCGCAGCACGGGACAGCGACCAACAGCGACUCCAACUUGGGCAGCGGCCUGACUGACCUCCAGCCACCUGCUUACUUCAAACUGGAGUUCAGGAGAAACGCGGUGACCGAUGACUACAAAAUAACAUCUCAGGUCCUUGGCCUGGGAAUCAAUGGCAAAGUACUGGAGUGUUACUGCAAGAAAACAGGAGAGAAAUGUGCGCUCAAGAUUCUCUACGACACUCCCAAAGCUCGACGGGAGGUUGAGCUGCACUGGCGAGCUUCCGGAGGUCCCCACAUUGUACGGAUACUCAGCCUCUAUGAGAACAUUCACCAUGGAAAGAAAUGUCUCCUCAUUGUUAUGGAAUGCAUGGAGGGAGGGGAACUGUUCAGUCGCAUUCAGGCCAGAGGGGACCAGGCUUUCACAGAGAGAGAGGUGUCGGAGAUCAUGCAUGACAUUGGCAUGGCCAUAGAAUACCUCCACCACAUGGACAUUGCUCACAGAGAUGUAAAGCCUGAAAACUUGCUCUACACAACUAAAGAGAGCAACGCUACUCUAAAGCUGACUGACUUUGGCUUUGCUAAGGAGAUGACGCUGCACAACUCCCUGCAAACUCCAUGUUACACUCCGUAUUAUGUUGCGCCAGAAGUGCUUGGGCCAGAGAAAUACGACAAAUCAUGUGACAUGUGGUCUUUGGGUGUAAUCAUGUACAUCCUACUCUGUGGGUUUCCUCCAUUCUACUCAAACACAAGCCAGGCCAUCUCUCCAGGCAUGAAACAGAGGAUCAGGUUGGGCCAAUAUGAGUUUCCGAACCCAGAGUGGGCAGACGUUUCUGAGGAAGCCAAACAGCUCAUCAUUCAGUUACUGAAGACAGACCCCAGCGAGAGGAUGACCAUUGGACAAUUCAUGAACCAUCCUUGGAUUAGUCAAUCCAUGGUGGUCCCUCAAACACCUUUGUACACCUCUCAGGUUUUGACAGAGGACAAGGAACUAUGGGAAGAUGUAAAGGAGGAAAUGACCAGUGCCCUGGCCACGAUGCGCGUAGACUACGACCAGGUGAAGAUCAAAGACUUGGAUACAUCCAACAACCCUCUGCUGAAGAGACGCAAGAGGCCCGUUCCUCCGGGAGCUGACGGCGUGGAGGAAGCUGACAGAGGGGAUGGAGAUGGAUCAGGAGUGUGUGACAGUCAGAGAGAAGUAUUGUUUUCUGAAGAACAUGGUGACAUGAUCACGGAAGAAAAGUAGCAUUAAAACCAGAGUAGCAACAUUUUCCAUCCACAUAUCAAUUGUUGUACUUUACUCGUUCUUUGUGUUCCUGCACUCACUUUAAAGAAUGCCAUUUAUUUUUAACUCUCACUACUUAAAGUGAAAUAAAAUGUUGUUUUUUAUCUUUUACAUUGGUGUCCUGUCACAUUUUACAUGGCAGCUCAUUUUAUACAGAACACUAAGAGACUUGGAAACUUUACAUUUAUUCUGAUUGUGAGUAAAACAAGAAAAAGCAUUAACCUUAGAGACUUUGUAUAAGCAUUAGGAACUGAUUUUCCUCUCUGUAACCAAUGAAAGACGAUAUGUGGAAGCCAUAAAAGAUAGUCACUUAGGCAAGAUAACAUACAACUAAUUCCUCUUUACAAGUCACAACUGUUUACGUGGUUAUGUCACUGCGCUGUCAAGGGACUAAUAAACCUUGAGAAGUGAA